GUUUCACGUAUUUGCACCAAUACAUAGAGAGUUAUUGUCGUGUUUUUGUUUUUUGAUAUCUUAUUUGCUAAGGGCAGUCUCUAGUGUGUUCACUGGGUUGUUUCCUUCGCCUGUUUGCGAGUCAGUGUACACAGAUCUAAAAGCCUCAUCAGAGCACGUCUUAUAAGGAAAUUAAAAAAUCGAGUAUUAACCUCCUUACACGCUCACCCUCCCACCCACGCAUACACACUUUGAGUACAUCCGUUGUGUUUCCAGUAUCCUUCUUUUCUUUCUACAACUCAAUGGCCAAUACCGCUGCUCAUCUGCAGGAGAUCACAGGCUUGGCAGCGGCACGUGCGAAAGAGUGCUUUGAUGUCUUUGGUAACUACCCGACCGCCCUCGCCUCGUUCGCCCAAUCCUACGCAGCCAUUCCGGCCGAUUACUUCGAAGAUGCCCAGGUGGCGCGUACAAAUGCGCGCAAGAUCAACGACGAGCUACGCGCGAUUUACCGCAAAGCGCGUGAACUGAAGAGCGCCUCCGGCAAGCCCGACGCCGAGGUGUGGAAGGCGUACCCCGUUGAAGGUGAAGAGAAGCCCGCGGCUGCCUCCUCCGCUCCUGCCGCACCCGCCGCCUUCCCCGCCAAGGCUGCGGACGAACGCCCGCUCCUCAACUUUGGUGGCGCCGCUGCCCCCGCCGCCUCGGCAACGAACAAAUUGGGCUUUGGCGUCGGUUCCGCCGCCCCGCAGUCGUCGAUACUGGGGGCUGCGCCGGGCACGCAGGAACCACCGAAGUUCGGCUUCGGUGCGGCCCAGUCGUCGGUAUUGGGGGCAGCCCCAGGCGCCAACAGCAUCUUCGCCGCACCGGCGCCGGCUAGCGGCUCCCCCAACUCCGCUGCGACGUUCGGCUUUGGGGCCGCGUUGGGCUCUCCAAGUGCGACGGCGGCACCGGCUUUCGGAUUUGGAAAGGCCGCAGACGCACCAGCAGCAGCAGCAGCAGAGGCGAAGGGCGAGGCAGCUGCAGCGGAAGCGGAGACUCCUGCGGCGGAGGUGAAGAAGAAGCCGGUCAAGUACUGCGACCCGAAGCACUUCACCGGGCCGUACUUUGACAUGCCGCGCUUUUGGGAGGCCGAGGUGGUGGGCCGGGCGCCGCUGCUGAACUUGAACAACGGGUUUCUCGAAGCGCACAAGGACGAGCUGCGGCAGCGUCUAGCGAAGUGGGUGGCCAAGGCCGCCUUCUACCGCAAGCCCGUCAAGUACGUCGAGAUCGAGGACGAGGAUGAGGAGGUGGUGCGGGUGAUCAUCAAGGACGCCGACCGCACCUUCUUCGACCCGGAGCAUCGCGCGAAGAUGGUGGCCUUCCUCAACGCCAUGUUUCACGAGUUCAACGCCUACGGACAGGCGAUGAGCUACCUGGCGGGUCUGUGCAUGCUGGUGCUGACGGAGGAUGAGACGGCGGCGGUCAUUCGCUUUGUCGCGACGGAGUACAUCAAGGGCCACUGGGCCGCGGAGGCGGUAGGCUUUGCAACGAGCGCCUGGGUGGUAGAGCACUUCAUGCAGAAGCUGCAGCCCGAAGUGGCGAAGCACCUCGAGGCGCUCAAUUUCUGGCCCGACACCUACCUCCAAAAGAUCCUCACCGGCCUCUGCAUUCACGUGCUGCAGUUCAAUGAGCUUUUCCAGUUCCUCGACGCCUUCAUGGCGGGCGGCAUGCACUACCUCAUCCGGUUUUGCCUCGCCAUCGUCGAACACUUCCGCACGAAUCUCCUCGCCAUCAAGGACUCCACCGAGGCGAACGAGCUGUACGAGCUGCUGCGGCUGGACUCCCGCGUUGCGGACCGCGAAGAUGUGCUGACCAUCUUGGCCCGCGCGCCUUCGAUCGACCUGGGCGAGGACGGCAGCAGCAUUGACGUGAUUCGCAGCGAGGUGUACACGAAACGUAUUGAGCCGCGGCUGAAGCGCGCACCCAAGACGGAGACCUUUGAGCCGUGCGUGGUGUGUGGAAAGAACCGUCCCAAUUGGUGGAAUGAUGCCCGGGGUGCCGUCUGCGACUCCUGUAAGGACGCCGCUCCGGACCUCGCCUACGAAAAGUUUUGA